UGUGCAAAGGAGGAGCGUCAACUAAAAGAGGUUGUUAUCAUUGUGAGAAAUUUGUGUUUAGUCAUUUCAGCUUUGCAUUUAGCGUGAACACAUUUGAGAAUGCAGCUGUUUGUUGGGAGCGUUAUCUGUGUGCUGCUGUCACUGAGUUUUCCAGGCAUCGUCUCUAAACUUGAAAAUAAUAUCACUCAAUGCGGUGACUUCUUUUUCCAAGGAAAAGCUCCAGUUUUUCCAGACAUUCUGAAUGAUUCAAUCACACAGAAUGAUUCUUAUGAAAUAAUCUGUCAGACAUAUAAGAACAAGAGCAGGUUUGCAACACUGUACAACACAACAAACAAGAUUCCUGUUUUCUCUGCUUACAAAUACACCGGGACAUACCAGACAACAAAUAGACUGGGACAGAUGGGACAACUUUGGAUGACUGAGUCGCAGCUUGAACCUUCAGGUGCUGAAAUGAGCGAGCCAUUCGUCAAACAGGCUAGAAAUCAAGACUACUGGAUAAAGAAAAAUGUAUAUACCUGUACCCCAGGUGCUUUAUUUCCUAUAAGUCACGCAGCUGAUAAUGAAACCGCUGAAUCUACAUUAACACUGACCAACAGUGUGCCACUGAAAGAUGACUUCAGAGAAGGACUUUGGAGUCUUGUGGAAAAUACAACGAAGGAAGACAUGGACAUUAACUGUCGUGAUAACAAUAACAACAUUGUUGCCUAUGUGCUGACCGGAGCUAUAGCUGGAAAUAAUAAGAUGAAUAACAGAGUAAACAUACCAACACUCGUGUGGACGGCAUUUUGCUGCUUUAACAAAGAAACACUAUACUCUAGAGGGUUUUGGGCUGAAAACAAACCAGAAAAAAAGACUGAAAUCAAACUCAAGAGCCUGAAGGUUGUACAAGAGUACCUGAAGAAAAAAUUUGGAAAACCAGUUGAGCUGUUUAGCAACAACUGCAGUGUGAAUGCAUCUCAAUUAAAACCAAUACUAAAUGAAUCACAAUGUCACAACAAAUGUCAUCCUUUGUUACAAUAUGUUACAGAGUUUAUCCAUUAUAUCCUUAAUGACAUUAUCCUUCAAGGCAUUUCCAACAUGCUGGUAUCGACAGAAUAAUUUGAAAAAUAAGCCUUAAUUACAGUAUAUAACUUUCUGCAGAAUACAUGCAUGCAACUCCUUUACAAUUAUACCAGAUUGCAAUAUUAUUACUGCUGCAUUUCUGUGUAUGCUAUAUUUUACUUUGAUUUAUUGGUUAUUUUGAUAUAAUCUUUAGCAAUCCAUCAUAUUCCCCAAAAUUAAAGCAAAAAGUUUUUUGUUCAAAGCAGAGCAGGUUAUGGGUUGGCAGAUCAAAUUCCUGAGAAUUUAGAAUAAUAAUUAAUGCUUUUCUCGAAAAUCUGUAUUAAGCAAAUGUUAUCAAUUGAAAAGAAGGUGUAUAAACAUAUCUUUAAUAAAGCUUGCAAAUGCAAAUACUGGCAUAUCAGAAUCAUAUCUCUCACUGUGUGUGUGUGUGUGUGUGUGUGUGUGUGUGUGUGUGUGUGUGUGUGUGUGUGUGUGUGUGUGUGUGUGUGUGUGUGUGUGUGUGUGUGUGUGUUUUAUAUUAUGCUUUUAACAUGAUUUAUGGGGACACAUUUUUAUUCUAAAUUUGUCGUUUCCAUCACUUGUUUUUGAUGCGCUACUUCAAUAUGCGCAAUUAUUACUAAUUGUGAAAAGCGCUAUA